UCUGUUCUCUUUCUUUCUCGGCUCCAGCGAAUUCAGAUCGAUGAAGAAGAAGGAAAAUCGAUUUGAUUCAAUAGAUUUACAUCUAAUAAUCAGUUAAUCUACAAAUCUGAAUCAAUUAUUCAAUCAAUUUCAUUUGAAUCUAGGUAUCAGCUGGUUCUAAGCUGCAUUAGGUUAAGUUUUCGUUCGUUCAACUGGUUUGUUUUCUGAAGAAUUUGAAUCGAUUUGAAGCUGAUUCGAAGCUGCAUCAGAUUUUAGUCUUGAACUUGAUUUCGGUGAACUGUUGGUGUCAUUUGACCUGAGGCACUUUCAAAGAACGUUGUUGUUUUGGAAUGUGAAUCUUCCGCUGAAGGUGGUUCUUGCAAGACUCAUUUGGUUGGAACUGCUCACGUUUCUCAGGAAUCCCGCGAAAAAGUGCAAGCUAUCAUCAGUCACUUGAAACCGCAGGUGCUUCUCCCUUGAAACUCACAAACACUUGUUUGAUGGAUGGAUCAUUAGCAGGUUGUAUUCUUGGAGCUACGUGCGAAUCGGAUAUCUAUGUUGACCCCUCAAAAAAAAUUAGAGGUUGCAGAAGAAGAAUAAACAUGGAUGAAAUCGUGGAACACUCCAAAAUAUGGUCUCAUCUUCCACUCAUCUUUCAUUGGACGAGCAUAUGCAAAGAACAAAGGCCGUAUGGAUCGUUAUCUUGCCAACAACUGUUCUAUUGCUUCUCGCAUUGACUGCUUUUCGGAGAGAAACACCACUAUAUUCGGGACAAGCUCCGUGAGAAAGUCGAAGAGAGACUGGAUUUCUAUGACAAGGGUAUUGCACCUCGCAAGAAUGUUGACACGAUGAAAGAUGCCAUUGAAAGUAAUAAAGAUGAUGAGAAAAGUGAUAUGGAUGUAGAAGAUGGAGCUUCCGCAAAGAAGAGCAGCAAGAAAAAGAAGUCAAAAGGCGAUGUAGAGCCUAUGGAAGAGGACAAAUCAGCUGCUAAAGUAACUAAUGAAGAUGCUUCAGAGGAAGAUAUGGGGACUGAGAAGAAGAAAAAGAAAAAAGAGAAGCGCAAGUCUCAGGAGAAUGGUGAGAAUGUAAUUGAGUCGGAGCAGAACGGAACAACCUAUAGCCACCACCCGUUGGAUGCAGCCAGUGGCCUUGAUCAGAAACUCAUUAUGUGGGACCUGGAACGCUCAACUGCACGCUGCUCAUGUGAUCAUGAGGUUUCCGAAAACUUCAUAAAAGUUGAUUGCUUAUUUGUGGUACCGGUCUCGCUGGAAUUGGAGUUGACGCUAAAUACACAAGUCAAAUGCAUGUGUAACUCUCGGUUACACUAGAUAGAUGCAUAUGUAAUUCUCAAUUACACUAGACAGAUGCAUGUGUAACUUCUAGUUACACAUACUAAGAAAUUAUUGUAAAUGAGUGUUAAAGUAAUACAUGCCUUUUUUGUAUGCAUUAUUUUUUA